GGAACCAAACAGACUAUUAGACUCGUCAUUUGAUUCACAGAGAGUGCCUUAAGGUAAAAACAAGUUGUACUUCUCCGCUGGCUUUUUUUUUUUUGUGUGUCAGUGACUGAUCUUUUUUUUUUAAAUUCUAUUAUUGCCACCCAGCGAGACAUUGCAGAGAUGCUUUGUGAAGUGAAAUUGCUGAGCAUGGCCUACGGAGAAGCAGAUGAAGCGUGCCCCCCGCACUGCGAGACGCGGGAGAGUACUGUCGGAUCCUCUUCCCGCUCUACAGGCGCCGUUGCGCACCUUCAUACUCUCUCAGAGCAGGAGGGCGCCGUUGUCGGCGGGACUCCUCCAGAAGUCUCCCAGCUGGAGUCUUUGGAUCUGUACAGAAACCAGCCGGGCAGAAAGAACUCUCCCGGAUUCCAGAUCGCAUCUCCCCGCUCGGGAGGCGACGCCACCUUCCUGGUUCCGUCCUUCUGUCAGAGCAUCUGCCAGAACUACAGCGACCUCCACAUCGGGGGCGACCAGGUUCUGCCGAUGUCGACGGACGAUGCGGAGGAGGUGCAUGUCGACGAUCAGGCGGUGGGUCCCUUCUUGCAGUCCUGUGACGUGCCCCCGCCUGGGGAAGAUUCUCCUCCAAGACGAGCUGCGCAGAUCGGGUUCCUGCUGCCUCUCAGGGGGGGCUCCAAUCACUGCAGACAGGGAAGUGGUCGAGAUCGCAGCUUUUUGUUCCAAGGGCGCGAGGGUCCCUUCACCAACUCCCUCCUUAACGGCUAUCUGGAACAGAAACUUCUGGACCUGUACCAGCAGUACAUGAUGGAGAACAUGGCCAGGAAUUCGGGCCCCCUACUGGCUUCAGAGAUGUUCCUGACCAGCCUGGACCAGAUCACCUUGCAGCUGAGCCGGGAUGGGAAUCUUGAAGCGGGUGUGGCCAAGGACAUGGUGAUGUCGUGCCUACUGAGGGUGGCCGGGGAAGUGGAGUCCAGCGAGAUUAGCACCCCUUUCCUGCAGAUCUCCAGUGACUCUUCCAAGGAGCUCGUCAACCAGUCCAAAGAGCAAUGGCGCAAUCUUUGAAUCCAGCAAGAAUAACCCACCGGUUUUUAGUCCAUCUGCUGCCAUUUUGCUCGCUUUUCCAAUGUCUUGUGACCAAACUCCGAAAACCGGUGCGUUGUGAUGUACGCAAGCUGUGCCCACGUGGGCAAGUCUCAAAGCUUGUUUGAUAUCAACAGGAAUAAAGCAAACCAUUUUUUAGGUUCAAAAAA